GUAUGAUCUCUCUUAUUUUGUUAAAAUUUUGCACAUUUUCACAGAUUCUGCAAGUGGUUCACAUACUUUUUCUUGCAACUGUAUAUCCGAUAAUUUUGCUGUUUUUGUAUUUAAACACAGCUUCACUAUUAGACACAAUAGAGAUGCUGUACAAAUGCAGGUGGUUCUCUCUCUCUCUCUCUCUCUCUCUCUCUCUGUAAUAAUUUGACAAGGAGUCAUGUCUAAAGUGAAUGUAAACAGGCAGAACAAAAAAAAUUGGAUAUAGUCAAAAGAUCAGCCCAAGAAAAAGUUUCUUCAGCACCAAAUCAGCAUAUUAAAAUUAUUUCUGAAGGAUCAUGUGACACUGAAGACUGGAGUAAUGAUGCUGAAAAUUCAGCUUUGCAUAACAGGAAUAAAGUACAUUUUUAAAAGAUAUUCAAAUAGAAAACAUUAAACUUUAAUAAUAUUUCACAAUAAUAUUGUUUUUAGUCUAUUCUUUAUCAAAUAAUUGCAGCCUUGGUGAACAUAGGAGACUUCCUUCAAAAGCAUGAAUAAGUCUUAAGAUUUAAUGAUGAAUGAUAAAUGAAUGAAUGAUACUAUCAGAUCGAUUCCAAACCUACUGUGAUUGGGUUGGAAUAAUGUAGUACUUAAGGUUAUCUGUAAGGUUAGUAACAAUAACAAUUGGUUACUUCGAUAAAACCAUAUUGGAUGAUCACUAAUCUAAAAGUCCCGCACGGUCUUUGGUGAUUACGACCCUUUUGUACUGAAGUGAGAAAAUAUGUAUUUUCUUUAAAGGUCAAAUGAUAAAGAAAAGUUGCAAAAAAACAAUUUUUUGGACCCAAAUAGUGCUGUUUUCUCAGAAUGUGCCAACGCUAUGAGGGAUAUUACUCUAUUUUCUGGCCAAACAGGCCGUAGCAGAUAUGAAGACGGCUCAUUUUUACAGUCGGAUGCAAGUGGAGAUGAGAUCAUCCACAAAGAAACACGUUCAGAUAAACGAUAACAUGCACUUCAACAGACUUGGGUGGCAAAAAUAUAAGCGAGCCAUUCUAUAUAUGACAGCUAUAUGCAAUGUUUCAUUAGUGGAUGUGACACUGUUUGAUGAGCGUUAGCUGCAGUGCAGAAGGAAGUGAUGCGAGACAUUAACCUCAAGAGGACGUGCUAUCCUGCAUUGCUGCUCUUGGGGUGAAUUUAUGUAACAUCUUUUUCACACAGGCUGGGUCGCUGGUAAGCUUUUGUUGCAUAUUUGAGGUGUCAUUUGCAAGGUUUUGUUUAAUAUUUUUUUGUGUGUGUGAAUUGUAGGCUCUAGUGGGAUAUUUGUAAGUAGGCCUGCAGUCCCGAAAUUCAUGAUUAUGUGUUGUAUAAUUGUAUUUGAGAGGAAUUUUUGUAUCUGUAUCUGCUAUUGUGUGUUACAUUGCUGUUUGUGACUUGAGAGUUAGUAUUUGAAUGCGCUUGUGAGGUGUUUUCAUUUGUGUGGGGGUCUCCUGUGUGUUGUGUGUGUGUGUGUGUAUGAAGGCUUAUCAUCUCACAGCAGCUUUCUGUCAGGGCUUCUUGGCCAAGCGGCUAUCAGAAAGAACACACCACUGUCACCAUAGGAAACUCACCCCUGUCUUUUCCCUUAGUCUGUUGUCAUCGUGAGGGAUUGUUCUGAGCCACAUUCACCAUAUUCAAAUGGACUCUCCAGGUGGAAAAGAUGUUGAAACAAACCCAACAGGAAGUGAUGGAACGAUGGCACUUCCUGUGCUGACUCAACCUGGCCUCGGGGAGACCACGACGACAGUGACCACUAUCACACAAACAGGGGGAGACUGGAGCACAGGACUGUUUGAAGUGUGUGGUGACACCAGCACAUGUCUGAUGGGUGCGUUUGUGCCGUGUUGUUUGGACCUGAGUCUGGCUCAUCAGUAUGGAGAAUGUGUGUGUCUGCCUAUGCUGCCCGGCUCCACGUUCGCUAUGAGGGUGGGCAUCAGAGAGCGCUUUAAAAUCAGGGGCAGUGUGUGUGAGGACUGGACUAUGGUAUAUUGCUGCUACCCUCUGGCCCUCUGUCAAAUGAUCAGAGAGAUGAAGAAGAGACUGAAGACACAGAUCUAUACCGUUUCUACCAUGCUGGAGAGCUCCUGAGACAGUGUGUGUGUGUGCGUACACAGCUCCAAUUUUCUUCUCAUCCGUGUUUUUGGCGAUGCUAAAAGACUGAGGGGCCAUCUCAGCUGUCAGGAUGUUUAUUACCCGGGGUCCUGAACUUCACGCAGGGUUAGACAUAUCAGUACUCUCUGCUUGAAGAUUGAUGCCGCUGACAUUUCAAACUGACGGAGAGAUGGAGUGACAGAUGGGUGGAGAGACGGAUGAGUGGAGAAGAGGUUCCUGAUGACUUCUGGGGCUGUGUAUGCUUUGAUUUCAGAUUGCUCUCUCACGGUACAUAUAGUACAUAUGCGGGUUUUGCUAUAUGAAUUCAGUUUGGAUUGGCACUUUUUUUAAAUUGUGUUUCAAAGUCAGAGUUAAAACUGUUUUGACAUCUCUUCUCUUGUUUUAUCCAAAAUAAAGUGUUUAAAAAAAUCUGUUUAAAAAAUUGAACAAGAAUAAAUCUAGGGCGGGACUUAAUUUUAUUCAUGGGGAAUUGAUUGGAUGGUUUGCUAUUGGUGGAUCUCAUGACAGGUUGCCCCACCCAUUUUGAUUAAAGAUUAAGGGCAUAUGAAUUUAAAAAAGUAAUGAUGUACACAGAUAAAUACUGGUAACACUUUACAAUAAGGACUCAUUUGUGAACAUUAGUUUAAGGUGCAGUGUGUAAAUUUUAGCGGCAUCUAGUGGUGAGGUUGCGAAUUGCAAAAUAGAGAAGCUACGGUGGCCAACACAGGACAAAGUUGUCGUUGUCUGAGACAGCAGAGAGAAGCCAGUCAAUCAUACGCGCUCUGUAGAGCAGUUUGUCCGUUAAGGGCUACUGUAGAAACAUGCCAGCGCAAAAUGGUGACUAAGGGUACGUUUACACGACAACGAUAUGCUUAAAACUGAGAAGUUUUUCCUUUGAGUUUUCCACGUACAGGCGACACCAUUGUCAAAACUAUCUCCAUUCAUACGAAUCCGUGAAAAUGACUAAAAACGCUGUAUUCUGCUGGCAGGCCAUUAGAUGGCGAUGAAACACUAUCUACCGAACAUGUAAUGCGCAUGUGCAUGGCGUCAUCAUUUUCACAGAUGCGCAUUUUUGUUGUUUACACAGAGACCAUUUUCAAAAACUUGCACUUUGAAACCCGUUUUCAAAAGUUUGCGUUUUCAGGCAACCAAAACGCCAUUGUCGUGUAAAUGGACAGCCAAAACACAUAAAAAGUUUUCCAUGUUUAGUUAAAAACGGUGUAGUGUAAAUGGCCUCUUAACAUGUAAGGGGACCCAUGGUGUAUGUAGAUAGAAAUGGCUCAUUCUAAAGUAAUAAAAACCUAAUGGCUCAUUAUGUAAGGUCUUUAUACACCACUGAAAACAUAGUUAUGUAUAUUAUAUUACAUAUCUGUCAAUAGAUCCUCCUUAAAUUUACACAUUGCACCUUUAAUGUAUUAACUAACAUCAACAAUGAGCAAUACAUUUGUGACAGUAUUUAUUCAUCUUUCUUAACUUUAGUUAAUACAAAUACAACUGUUGGUUGUUUGUUCAUGUAAAGCCGUGCUCACACUACAGGAGUUUUAGGCUGAUUUAUCCCUGAUUUUCCCCUUCUGAGAAUCAGAGAAAAAAGUCUUGUCAAGGAGCUUGAUUGGUUCUGAUGUUUGGUGCAGGUUAUCUGAUAAUGUAAGGCGUUCACAGAUCGAAUCUUGCACCUCCCGAUCUACUCUCACACAAAUCGGGGCCGCCCCAAUCAUAUCAAACAUGUUUGAUAUUUAGGAUUUUUUAAAUCGGGAUAAUCAAGACUAUGAUUACGACAGUACUGUCACAAUAGCCAAUAAGAAACAAGUCUACAAGGAGACGGAAGUGACGGAUAUUUUGAAAUGGCGACUGUGAAACCUGCAGCACGGAUCCGCUGGACUUCAGAGAUGGAGGAGCGACUUGUUGAUAUGUAGCAAGGCUACAACAUGACUGCCUAUACAAAGUAUCUUCAAAACUAUACCACAACCGCACCGAUAAAGAGAACAGCUGGGGAGAAAUCACAUCGAUUUUAAAAGUACCAGGGUUUAAUAUGGAGUUGGUCCACCCUUUGCAGCUAUUACAGCUUCAACUCUUCUGGGAAGGCUUUCCACAAGGUUUAGGAGUGUGUUUAUGGGAAUUUUGGACCAUUCUUCUAGAAGCACAUUUGUGAGGUCAGGCACUGAUGUUGGACGAGAAGGCCUGGCUCGCAGUCUCCGCUCUAAUUCAUCCUAAAGGUGUUCUAUCGGGUUGAGGUCAGGACUCUGUGCAGGCCAGUCAAGUUCCUCCACACCAAACUCACUCAUCCAUGUCUUUAUGGACCUUGCUUUGUGCACUGGUGCGCAGUCACGUUGGAACAGGAAGGGGCCAUCCCCAAACUGUUCCCACAAAGUUGGGAGCAUGAAAUUGUCCAAAAUGUCUUGCUAUGCUGAAGCAUUAAGAGUUCCUUUCACUGGAACUAAGGGGCCAAGCCCAACCCCUGAAAAACAACCCCACACCAUAAUCCCCCCUCCACCAAACUUUACACUUGGCACAAUGCAGUCAGGCAAGUACCGUUCUCCUGGCAACCGCCAAACCCAGACUUUUCCAUCAGAUUGCCAGACAGAGAAGCGCGAUUCGUCACUCCAGAGAACACGUCUCCACUGCUCUAGAGUCCAUCCCACGCUUUGCAUUGCACUUGGUGAUGUAAGGCUUGGAUGCAACUGCUCGGCCAUGGAAACCCAUUCCAUGCAGCUCUGUACGCACUGUUCUUGAGCUAAUCUGAAGGCCACAUGAAGUUUAGAGGUCUGUAGAUAUUGACUCUGCAGAAAGUUGGCGACUUCUGUGCACUGUGAGCCUCAGCAUGCGCUGACCCCGCUCUGUGAUUUUACCUGGCUUACCACUUCACGGCUGAGUUGCUGUUGUUCCCAAUUGCUUCCACUUUGUUAUAAUACCACUAACAGCUGACUGUGGAAUAUUUAGUAGUGAGGAAAUUUCACGAAUGGACUUAUUGCACAGGUGGUAACCUAUCACGGUGCCACGCUUGACUUCACUGAGCUCCUGAAAGCGACCCAUUCUUUCACAAAUGUUUGUAGAAGCAGUCUGCAUGCCUAGGUGCUUGAUUUUAUACACCUGUGGCCAUGGAAGUGAUUGGAACACCUGAAUUCAAUGAUUUUGAGGGGUGUCCCAAUACUUUUGGCAAUAUAGUGUACAUGUCUGUGAAAAGAUAAGAUACCAAUUCAUCAAUAUAAAAUGUCCACAAGCCACACACAAAUCCCCCCACCUCACACACCGACACAAUCCCCUCUCUCUCUCUCUUAGUUUACAGUGCAUUAACUAAUUCUAACAAAUAAAAUUUUUUGUAAUGAUAAUGUAUUACUAAAUGUAUUAAUAAAUGUUAUAAUAAUGUAUUACUUAAUGUUUAAUAGAUUUUUACUAAAUGUUCAAUAGAUUUUUACUUAACCCAAGACUUUAAGGUAUGUGUCUACCCUGAGAAAUAUUCACUGGAGUUACUAGCAACCUCCCCUAUAUAAAUAAUUUAAAUCAUCCAUCAUGGUUUUCAAGGAUUGUAUGACAUCUACAAGCCUGGUCCAAAGCGUGUGUGUGUGUGUGUGUGUGUGUGUGUGUGUGUGUGUGUGUGUGUGUGUGCAUUUCUGUAGAGGGCACUGUUGUCACACACACUGUCCUGGGGUGAAGUAAGGAGAGUGUGUGUCUGUGUUUGAGACGACAGGUGUAUGGCUGCCGUCAAGGGUUUUCUGUGAGGCCCCCGGGGGACAUGAGACCGCUGGAGCCUUAAGCACUGCAGAUACAAAACCAGAAAGGUGAAAAAUGAGGACAGGAGUGACUGUGAGGAAAGAUCACAGAAAGUUUCAAGGAGCUGUUUCUCAAGCAAGAAUCACUGAGAACCAAUAAGCCUCUUUAAGUAUAGUUUUAAUCAAGAUCACAUCCAAUCAUGAAAUCCAAAAUUAGUCUUAAAAAGAUUCUGCCAGAAUGAUCAUGUUUUUCCACCAUGUGGAAACUGGGUCAAUGAAAUCUAUCAUUUUAAAAUACAUAAAAAAUACCAUUCAGACAUAAGACUUGAAAACACCUCUAUGGUGAACAUGUUUUUAAUUUCAAUUCAAAUUCAUCAAUAUUUUGUUCGGAGAUGAAAAAAAAAAAAAACUUUUCUGAUAUCAUAAUGAAGAAAAAAGCCUCACUAAAGUAUAACAUU